CAAGGAGCUGCUCCAGUGUGCACGCGCUGCUGUGUAAACUAUGUCGGACGUUUUGUCUGAUGACGGCAGCGACGUCAACCAAGAUGACGCUCAGGAGGACGUUAUGACCCCGGCGGAGCUGAUCGCCAAACUGGAAGAAGCUUGGCUGAAUGAGAAGUUUUCUCCGGAGCUGCUGGAGAACAGAUCAGAGGUGGUGGAGUGUGUGAUGGAGCAGCUGACUCACAUGGAAGCCAACUUGCAGCGGGUGAAGAAAGGUGACGCGAAGGCCAGCAUCCAUCGCAUGGAAAUAGACAGGAUUCGCUUUGUGCUCAGCAGCUACCUGCGCUCUCGUCUGCAGAAGAUUGAAAAGUUUUUCCCGCAUGUCCUGGAGAGAGAAAAGUCUCGAGGUGCGGGAGAUCCAUCGCUGCUUUCACCCGAGGAGUUUGCCUUUGCCAAAGAGUAUUAUGCCAACACUGAAACCUACCUGAAGGCUGUAGCACUGAAGCGCAUGCCCCCCAACCUGCAGGCAGUGGAUUUGCUCAAAGCAGUUCCGGAGCCCUGCUUGGACUCCUUUGUGUUUUUACGAGUGAAGGAGAGACAGGAAAACAUCAUGGUCGAGCCUGAAACGGACGAUCAGAGAGAGUAUGUUGUGGAUCUAGAAGAGGGCUCUCAGCAUCUAAUGCGGUAUCGAACUAUAGCACCACUUGUUUCAAGUGGAGCCGUGCAGUUAAUUUGAACGUGGAGAUCUGUGUAGGCGUGGAUGAUUUUGGCUCCAGGAGGUCAGAAAAUGAGCAAUGGCCUAUUUUUUUUGCAGUGUAGCGUUAACGAAGAAGGGGCACGUUGACCUGCAGAGGUUAUAUCUGGCACUGCAUCAGUGUUUCUCACUGCUGUCAGAAUUAAAUACUUCUGUGUGGAGCACAAACAGGCAUUUGUGGCAGCAUGCCCUAAAGACAUUUAACUCAGUGAAAAAAAAAUGCCAAAUAUAAGGUCAUUACUGGAAUUGUAAGAAGUCCUUGUUGAUGAGCGAACCCUAUUUGCAGUGCUGUGAUGUUAUUUUUGGAUCAUUUUAAUCAUGUCACAACAUAAGUUUGGUUAUGUAAUGAUAUUGUAUUCUAGGGUGUUGGUGUCUGUGCAAGUGGUAAAGCCAAGUCUGUCUAAUCUGGUAAUUCAUUCUGUUACUUUAUUCAGAUGACUCACAUUAUUGGACUUCUUCCUCUGCUGCUCAGUAACAAGAUGCAUUCGAAGGUGAAAUUUCAUCAGUUCGCUUGGCGUCAACAUCACAUACCGACCGAAGGUGCACGUGUUAGUGUGCGUGCAUCUUUGAAAGAUCGUUGCUUGUUUUGAGCCCCAUUUUUUUGUGUAUUGACAUCCACAUUUAAAUUAAUAUACAUUACUAUUAUAAAUAAUAGAAAUCCUGUUAAUGUUCUGUGCAUCUCUUUAGCUUGGCUGUCAGAUCUAUAGAUGUAUAUUAUAUGCUUUUUAACGCUCCUCUGCUUCGCAUGUUUGAAGUUUAUUUUGGUGUUUGUGUUUUUAGCUUUUCUCUAAAAGGAUGUGUGGAACAUUGUCUUCUCCGAGACAUAAUUGUUGUAAUAGCAUCAUUGUUAUGUAAGUCUCAGGGGGAGCAAUCAGUGCUUAUUGUUUGCCCUCUCACAAAUUGCUCAGUAUUUGGAACUAAUCAGGGACUGAGGGAGAGCGAGCGUUGCAAAACUGAACCACGUGUCAACUGACUCAUCUUUCGAAUCGCUCUGCUGAUUGAGCUAAUAAGGAUAUAAUAUUUAAAUAUUGGAAAAUGAGGGGUGCCCAGUAGCUCAGCUGGUAGGGCGGGCGCCCCAUGUACAGA